UCUUAAAUAAUAAAACUUGAUUUUUAUGUUGACUGACAAGGAAGAGUGACGCUGGUUAAUUUUUCUAUUAACUAUUUAACCAAUAAUUGGAAAAUUUAUUUUCAAGAAUAUUUUUUGGUAUAAUUACAUAUCGUGAUUGUUUAAGACAUUUGAAUCCUUUUUAACAAGUUUUAUUAUGUGUAAAUGUUUGAAGGAUAACAUUUGACGUCGUGAUGUCGGGCGGGCGCCUGGUGGUGUUGGAUCGCUGGGGGCGCGACGUGAAGUGUUUCCCUCUGAGGGCGGGCUCGGCCAGCAUCGGCAGCGACCCUUCCUGCGACGUGCGAGUGUUGUCUCCGGCUGCGCUCACUCUGCACGCCACGCUGGCCGUGCGACCGGCCGGGGCGGUGCUGCGCUCCUACGGACAGACCAGUGUCAACGGAGCCCGCGUCAGUGUUGCGGCGCUCCGGCACGGAGACACGCUCACGCUGGCCGGCCGCCGUCUGCGCUGGGACUAUGACCGUCCCGACAGACACCGCCGCGCCGCCUCGCCCGCGCCGCCCCUCACCACUGCCGCCCCCGCUCGCUCGCCAGGUCGCGGUCGUCGCCGCAGCGAGCCCGCGCGCCGGCCCGCGGUUCAUUCUCUCCACAGGGACUCCGCCCCCGCCUCAGCGGGCAGGAAGCAGGUGGCGAUAGUGCAGCCGCAGAGAAGAGACGCCAGCGACAAUAAUGAGAGCCCCGAGGGAUCGUCCGUCAGCUCGGGUCCGUCCCCGCGCGGCCGCCGACCUGACGACGCUCACGUCGGAAUACGCAAGUCCGGCCAGAGCAAGUCUCCUAAGCCGCUGGGUUCGGACGACACCACGAAGGCGACCCUGUGGAUCGAGUCCCGCAAGUCUCGCUCUCCUCGUAACUCUCCUAAACCUAGCCAGGAGCCGCCGCCGAGGAACUCUCAGAGGAACGCGUGUAAGCCCGGCGAGAGCCCGCGGCUGUCUCGUAAGAGAUCCUCCACUGCGCCGACCGUUUCUCCCAGAAGCGUGUCCAAGGUCCCGCGGCUCUCUGCCCGGGGGACUCCUCGCGUUUCCACCAAGAGCGCUCCUCUCCGACUGGCGGUACUGAAGAGGGCGCACUCCGCACAGUACAGGGUCACCAAGAUACAGGCGCCGCUCAAAAUAGACCACACCAAGCAGGCGGCCAUCAUGUUAAUGACGGGUCACAGUCCUCGGCCUCACGCGCGAGGACUCUCCUCGCCUUCGCCCUCGCCUCACUCACCGCGCGUUCUCAACGUCCGAGAGACUCCUUCGAUCACUCCUAGACGUGCUGCCGCCUACAGGACCCCUACCGGGAAGGUAAAAGAAACUGUUAAGAAAACCUCGUCCGGGGGGCGGCGGGCCGCGAGCUAUGAUGUGCGGUCGCCGACUUUUGCCAGUCCAAAGAAAUCUGCUAUGAAAGAUCCAAAGAAAAAGAAGAAUUUGAGAAAGACGGAAUCGAUAAAGUUUGAUUUGAGCAACUUAGACAAUUGCAGUAACUUGAGUAACUUAGAAAACGAGGAGAGACACAUAAAUUCUGAUAUUAUUUUGGUCGAGAGUGUUGAUGAUCGGUCUCAAGACAGCGUCGCCGAAGACGAUCUCACUCUACGUUAUUCGGAUACCUCGAGCACGAAAUCACCCUCCCCGAAAAAAAUUAUACAUUCGAGAAGUAGUCGGAUUAUUGAAAAAACUCUGGGAUCUCCCAUGACGACUACUGUAUCUGAAUCUAGUGCGUUGACGAAACAGUCGCCGCGGUCCAAAAAAUCUUUUAGGGGAAGUAUUAUCGUUCAGAAGGCGUUGGACGAAUCGAACUCACGAUAUUCGAGUCGAACCACAAAGAGUAUUUCAGACGAGAGCUACAGCACAACCAUAACCUCUCUCAUGACGGACGGCCUCAGUCCGAGCUCACAUCGAGAUAUAGAAACGUAUUCCAUAGUAGACCUGGUGACGAUAGAUUCAAAUGGCUCCGGGUCAUCUAUAUACAACUCUGUUGGCUCUGAUAGUAAAGCAUCAUUCGGAACUCCUCGAACAGUCGCCACCAGAAGGACGAGAUCUACUAAUCCUUCCCUGUUGGGUUCGAGUACGCCUUACACGAAGAAAACGAAUAAUCGUGAAGUUACAGACAAGACUGCGUCCAUAACAUCUUCUACGAGCAAGAGAUCGACAUCUAUAACCACUCCAGAAAAUACCCAGAACAUAUCGUUCAAUAGUACGAGGAAGUCGCGAGCCUCACGGAGCAGGUCCCGUAUUAAUGACAGCGAUGUACUUCUCGUGGUGGAAGACGAAAACGAAGAUUCCUCUCCUAAAUCUUCAAGGCGUUCUAAUAGAAGUAUGUUGAGUCCAAUAGUAAGGAAGAAUAUUUCUAUUACAGUGUCGCCCUCCGAUAGUCCCACUCCGGGUACUAUAACUCCAGAAAACAGGUACAGUCCACAAGAUGUCGGGACUCCAAUUCUAAGCAUUCAAAGCCUUUUAGAGCAGAGUGCUGUCGAUCAGACAUCCAAAUCCUUGAAGAACUUUAAUAAAUCGAAGAGAAAAACCACAGGAGCACUCUUCACGCGACCGCGAACAUCUAGACUCAGCGUUAAAUCUAAAUCGUUAAACUUGACUCAAAGGAGGUCUUUGCGAGCCAGAAGAGCUUCUUGGAUUUCGUUUAAUGCAAUCGGCACAUCUCAAGAUGCCGAACAGGCGACCACACCUAAGAGUGCAGUCAAAUUGAUACAAGAAGGAGUAAAAAAUAAACAUUCAACGGCCAAGAAGCCCCAAUCAAAACGCUCUCUUAUAGACGAUCUUGACGACUCUGACUUAGUAAAGGAAUUGUUUAACAGCCCAGUCAAGCGGAAACUUUCCCAAAGCAUGACCGAGUUUUCAAAGAAGCAGUUGUUCGACGAUGAUGUUCUGCCUGCCAAGCAAACCAGAAACACUAUAGCGGGGGCUGGCAGAACUCCCGACGGUUCAUUCAUCGAUCAAUCUCAAGCGAUCACUCCGGAACUAUUCGUCAGUCCACUGAGCACGCCAAGUGACAGUCCCAACCUCGUCGGAAUUAAGAGAUUGUUUGCAAGGAAUACACCAGAUAAUGACUUGCGUAACGUUCGAGGGGUUAAAAAUAUUCUACGAACCCCUAGGGCAAGGAAGUCUAUCAACAAUGACCUAUGUAACGUAUCUGGAGUCAAAAAAAUAUUCGGUAAAUCACCGAGGAAUAGAUUGAGCGACGUGAGAGUCAAAGAAGUUUUCGCCCAAUCACCGAAUGACGACUUGAGAAGAAUUUCGGGCGUGAAGACUUUAUUCCAAACUUCAACAAACGCAUUAGAGGACGUUCGAGGAGUAAAAGACCUUUACAGAAAGAGUCCUCGAAACGACCUGCGUGACAUAUCUGGUGUGAAGAACACUAUGAGAGCCAAUUCGCCGAGAAAUAAUUUGUCGGACAUGAGAGGCGUGAAGCAACUGUAUCGGGAACAGUACUCCAGGAACAAUAUCAGUGAUGUGAGCGGAGUCGAGGAACUGUUCCACGAGUCUGAGACUCUCGACACAACCUUCGACCAGCUACUGGGGCGACCUCGAGUGCGGGAGUACACCAAGGCCAACAGUUGCAGCAAAAUCGACAAACGAAAAAAGAACCAAACGCGAUCCGCGAAGUCUCUACACGACUCCAUCGGACCGAUCACCGACAAUGUGGAGGCCUGGCUCGAGAGUGAGCUGAAGAAGCGUGCUCGUGCCACGGAAACAGAAGCUUCCAAAUCUGCCAGGGAACUACGGAAACUGACCAUAGACACUGUUGAAGGACGAACGCCACUCGCGUCUUCCAGGAGCCGUAAUUCAAUGUCAAUAAAAGAACAGUCUGGUGGACGUCAAAAGUCCGCUUCAGAGCUAUACAGCGCCCGCAAGUUGCCCAUAAAGAAGAGGUCGCUGGUGGCGCGCGACGAUUCGGCGGGAGGCGACAGCCGGCCGGGCGGCGAGCUGCUGCCUCUCAAGAAGCGGCCCGUUCUGCACUCCACGCCCGUCAAAGGUCGAGAGCACACUCUCAACGCGUCUGAGUUAGGACGAGUUUCACCCAUAGCGCUCGACGACACACGAACAUUGCAGUCUAAUACAGAAGCGCCGAAUCCGAAGAACCUCAGGGUGAGGCUGCCCCAGGCGGCGGAGGAAGAUUUGGGAAAAGCGUCAACGAAGCGAACUCGGUUUAAAGGUGGUAGUUCAGCGCCGAGUCAGAGACAGGUUGCCGCGGAGAAGAGAGAAGUCAUGAGCCCAAAGGUCGUGAGGUCUACACGACAGAAAAAACACGUGGUAGGGACACCGAAGAAGACUAGAGCUAGAGUGGUGGAGGUUACUGUCGUGGUGACUAAACCAUCACCCGUCAAGAAACAAAUAAAGCGACAGCGUAGCGAUAAAAACAAACCUGCAAACAUUGAAGAAGAAAAGCCUAAAAGAACGAGAAAUGCGAAUCUUAAGAAAGAGACUUUGAAGGAAACCAAAUCUACGAAAGUCGUUAAGAAUAAUAUAAACGAAACGAAGACUAAAAAGGCAAAGAGAUCUGUCGAGGUGAAAGAGAGCGUACAAGUAGAAACCACUGGACCGAAACGACGAAGAAAGGCAGCUCCCGAAAACAAUGCUAAAGUAGAAAAUGAAGCAGUAGAGGGCCCUGUGAGGAGGCGGGGGCGGAAACCAAAAGAUACAGGAAGUGAAAGAGUGACACGAAAUAUUAAGAGGACUCUAAAGGAACAAUGUUCUGACACUGAAAAUGUGCCAAAGAAAAGUACCAGAAAUAGAAAAGUUACGGCAGUAGACACAGAUAGAGAUACAAAAGGAAAAAAAGUUGUUAUAGUAGCACCGAGCUCAAGGACGAGGAAACGAUCAGAGAAGAAAGUAGAACAUAGUGACGGAGAUACAGGAGUUAGGAGAAGUAGGAGAGGGAUUAAAGAUAUUGAUGAUACGAAGAAGAGUGACGCUAAGACAAAUGAACAAAAAGAGACUAGAGACAAGAAGACUACAACGAGGAGAGCGGCCGAGAGUGAUGGAGAGAAACGAGGGAGAACCACCAGGUCGACGGUUGCCGGGGACGGAAAUAAACAUGACACUAAGAAGAAGGCAGCGGCCCCGGGUCAGGAGCCGCGCCGCAAGCGACACGCGGGGCAAGACGACACCCGGGAAGAACCGUCCGUCGGCAGUAAGAGACGCCGCGCCGCCCGAGUCGCAGCUUCAGUUCCCGAGAGCUCCAGACGUUGUUAGCUGAUGUCUCGUCUUCGCUCCAGAUAUGUCGAUUUAAACUCAGCGAAGACAUCGUUUUAGAAUAAUCUAGUUUUUUAACGUAGUUAUAUC